UUGAAAAUUAGAAAAAAAUAUUGUAAGGAGCAAUACGCCAACGGUGUUCCCUCGUCACCCCUUUGCUUAUUUUUCCAGAAUCUGACCGAAUAUAAUACAGCACUGAACAGAAGAAUACCAGUAAUCCCAAUUUCACUGGAAGAUGCGAGGCGAAAGAAACGGCAGCGAGGAAAUAGGAAACAAUCAUUAAUCCUGGCAUGUUUUUUGAAAAAAAAAUUCCCUCAUUUCGAUGUAAUAAUAAUUUUCAUUGCGCGAAAACCACAUUUUUUUAUUUCAGAAGAUAUCGAUCCAACAGUGGGCCGUUUUCGAAAUCUGGUUGCCACAGCAAUUAUUUCGUCAAAACGAAAAGGAUCCGAUGAGGAAGCCGAAAAGAGCAAUAAGGAAGCUGUAUUACACAAAUUUUGCAGAUUUUCGCGCCCGAUGGUUUCGAGCUUAUCGAUUGUCAUGAAUGCAGCACCGGAUUUGGAACUGUAUGCGAAGAGUUUGCCGGAACCAACAUCUGGGCAUGUGGGACCGUUUGUGCAGGGAAUCCAUCGAAUACGCGACGACGAAGAUGGCGAUGCGCCGCAUAAGAAGAAAUACGCCAAAGAGUCAUGGCCGGGCAGAAAACCGAAUCAGAGUCGAGUUUUAGCUUGA